AUGAAAAGUUUCGGUGUUAACUACGAACCGCACGGCGAUACUGCCAGAAGUCCUCAAGUGUCCCAACAAGCUGACAUAUCCCAUCCACGCAGCGACAGCAAGGUCAACAAUAUGCCCACCGUCGCCCUCGCCGGCGCCACCACAGGCUUCGGCCUCACCCUCCUCCACACCUUCCACCACCUCAACUCCCUCUCGCCCCACCCCCACACCCUCAUCCUCCUCACCCGCACCCCGCAACCCUCCCUCUCUCGCCUCGGCAUCGCCGUCCGUCCCGUCUCCUACACCAACCACGCUGAACUCGUCACCGCUUUGGAAGGCGUGCAUACCGUGCUCGCCCUGAUCGGCGGGAGUCUGGAAGCCAUCGAGAACGCGCAGCUCGCUCUCAUCGAUGCGGCGACGGAGGCGGGGGUGAAACGUUUCGCGCCGUCUGAAUAUGCGGGCCGCGAUAAUGUGAGCGUGGAUCUUUUUGCGGGAAAGGAGGUGGUGUGGAAAGCGGUCCGGAAGUCUGGGAUGGAAUACACCCGUUUUUCCUGCGGUAUCUUCAUGUCUGUCCUCGCGACGGGUACGCCAAAACCGCUCACUGAGAUUGGAAAACGUGAGGGUUGCGAGACAGGGGAGGAAGAAGCGCUCGCCGGCUUGCGCCCGUGGAAUUUCGUGGUGAACAUGAAAGCCGGCACCGCAGAUUUGCCGGGCGACGGGACGCCGGAGCUGGUGUUUACUGAUAUGCGGGAUGUCGCUCACUUCGUCUACCGCGCUCUGGAUCUGGAGACCUGGCCGGUGGAGCUGGGGAUGCGUGGGGAUGUGAAGUCUUUCAAGGAUGUGGUUGGGAUUUGUGAGAAGUUGCAGGGGCGGAAGUGGUUGACUAAGAACAACGAGAUAGAGGAGAUGGAGAAAGCCAGCAAGGAGGCGGGGAAGGAAUUCUACAACCAGGUGAGGGUUGGGAUUGCGAGGGGGUGGGCAAUGGUGGGGGAUGAGUUGAACCAGGCGUUUCCGGACCUCAAACCGAUCUCUUGUGAAGAGUUUGUUGAGAAGUGGUGGGGUGGUGUGGAACUCGGGGGCCCAAGCUGGGAGGAGGAUGCUGCGUUUAUGUGA